AUGCUUCCGUUUCGUAUCCAUGAUUAUCGAACAGCCAGCGACCUUGUUGAUGAACAGUUCAGCUGGAGCCAGAUUACUCCUUCUCCAUCACUGCACUAUCAUGCCUGCUUCGAUGGUUUUCAAUGCGCUCGUCUUGAAGUCCCGAUGGACUACAACCGGCCCGACGGAGAAGGUCGUCGCGUUGCCAUUGCUAUUGCCCGUCUACCGGCCAAGGUCCCGGUGACGGACCCUCGAUAUGGAGGUGCAAUCCUAAUUAAUCCUGGAGGCCCUGGUGGCUCCGGAGUCGCACAGGCCCUUCACACUGGUGAGACUCUUCAAACCGUUGUUGAUGCGGCGGAUGAUCCAGUGGCGGAGCUUGUGGCGCAAGAGACCCCUGGUCUAUAUUUCGACAUCAUCGGAUUUGAUCCUCGCGGGGUGAAUAAUACUACCCCAGGCCUAAGCUGCUUCCCAGACAUAUUUUCACAGCAAAAAUGGGAGCUACAAGCUGAGGCGGAUGGCAUGCUUAGCAGCUCCAGGGAUUCGUUAAUGAGAAACUGGCAGCGCACCAAAGCACUGAACAAGGGAUGUUCGUCUAGGCUGUCUACAGCUCCUGAAGAAGGACAGGAGGCCUUGGGAGAGAAUCUAAAUACGCCACCAGUUGCUAGUGAUAUGCUUGAAAUUGUCGAGCGGCAUGCCGAGUGGCGUGAGAGGCAGGGUCAAGCCGAACAGCGUCGAUACGACCGCGCACGUGGUUACGACCCCGAACAAUCGAUUCGAGUGCGGACGAAAUGGAAACGGGAUCAGGAAAAGCUCCUUUACUGGGGUCGUUCCUACGGUACGAUCUUGGGAUCGACAUUUGCGACAAUGUAUCCCGACCGAGUCGCACGAGCUGUGCUUGACGGCGUGGUUGAUAUGGACAAGUAUUAUAUGGAUAAGGGCCAGAACCCGGUCAUUGAUGCAGACAAAAUAUUUGAUCGAUUUCUUUCCCACUGCAUUAGUGCUGAGGCUGGAAAGUGUCCUUUAUAUGGCGUAGGUGGGGUGGCAGAUAUUAAAUCCGCGUAUCUCAGUUUGGAGAGUGCACUUUACAACGCCUCUUUGUCCGUUCCAGCGUCGGAGACACGGGGCCCUGAAGUGAUUACUUGGACAGAUCUCCGAUUGAUUCUUCGGAUUGCAAUGUAUCUACCACUGGUUGGAUUUCCCCUUUUGGCGCAAUACACGAAAGAAUUGUUGGAAGGGAAUGGAUCUUCUAUGGCGGAUUUCAAACAAAGACUCCAUUUACCAUCUUGCCCAUCAUCCCAAUGUGUUCAAGAUGGACCAUGGUCCCCAUCCUGUCAGAUGCCGGGCGCGAACGAGGUAUAUGCAAGCAUGGCCAUUCUCUGUACAGAUGCAGAGUAUCUCCAAGAUAUAGACGAAGAAAGAUUUCAGGAUAUCUGGCGGACUCUUCGAGAGGACAGUUACAUGCUAGGUGACUACUGGGCACAGGUUCGACUGGGCUGUGUGGGAUGGAAUGUGAAGGCCAAAUGGCAGGUGCCAGUGUCCUAUGGAGCGAACACCUCUUAUCCACUUCUUUUCGUGAACAAUAUGCUUGACCCCGUGACCCCACUGCGAAGAAAAAAUUCCCGGGCUCAGCGCUACUACGACAGGAUUCAGAGGGAAUUGGCUGGGAGAUGUCCACUGUUGGACGGCAGGUUGAGUGUGGACAGACAUAGGAACAUCACCUACCGGAUUGAUCUCCCCGCGGACCAGCCCACACCCCAGGUAGUGAUAUGUCACUGCAAAAGCUGCAAACGAUACACCGGCUCAGGCUUCUCAUCCAACAUCGUCGUCCCGCUAGCCGAUCUGCACUGGCUGACAGGCAGCCCGAAGCUGUAUAUGAGUCCGACCGAGAAGAAUGGACUCGUCCGUCGACAGUUCUGCGGUGACUGCGGAUCACCAUUGACGUCUGAGCCGCGUGACGCAGAAGGACGGUUCAUUGUGGUGAAGUCGGGGACGUUGGACGAUGAGUCGCGCGACCAGUGCGGGGAAGUCAAGGCGGAGAUCUGGUAUCAUCGGAAGGAUAAUUGGGUGGGGGAUUUAUCAAAGGAGGGAAUUCCGAGGAUUAGGGGGUCGAUGACAUAG